AUCUUAUGGUGACCACUCUCGCGUGGCUCCUUGUGGAAUGUGGAGCUAGCUGAUUCAAGGAGAUCCUACUUUGACUCUUAAACCCUAAAUUCGAGGAAGAAUGUGCAGAAAGAACCACAGGCAGCUAGAUAGACGGAAGGUAGAACCAGAGAGCUGCGUCCAACUCUCCUUUUCUGAGAUCUGCAGUGGUUGAACUCAGAGAACUCAAGAUUGGGAAAUGCGAUCUCUUCGGCAGACUGACUUUUCAACUUGGUUGUACUUGGCUAGAGUUUCGUCUUCCCCAUCAGUUUUAUCAUUGUCCAUGAAGUCAAUGUCUUCAUCAGGUUCAAUUCCAAUGUCAGCAGUCUGUACGAGUUCUGCCAUUGCACUAACCAUACUCAAUGGUAUAGGAUCGACUCCUUCCUCGACAACAUUGACAACAGAUUGCGUUGCUACACGGAUAGAUGGUUCGUUGUCCUGGAAAGCAUCCUCAUUGACACACUUCUUCGUAUCUACAACUUUUGUAAUAGCAUACAAACUUCAGGGAGAAAUUUUUUGGGUCACAUGACAUUUACCCUUUAAUUUUGAGUCCUUAAG